ACGCAGUGUGACUGGCACCAGGACGAAAGCCUGAAGGAUCAGAAGGCGUUCUGUGAGCGCUACGACGGCUACGUUCGCCUUUGCAAAUGCCAAGGCCCGCUCACCUCCGCCUUCAGGCACUCCGCUGAAAAGAUAGAAAUCCGUGAGGUCAUUCCGCUGGCGAUGUUAACGGCCGUCAAACCCUUUAACUUCUACAGGCAGCUCCUGAAUAUACUGGAAACUCCCGGAGCCGCGCAGACACCCAUACUGGUUCUCGUGGACGGAUACCAGAGAGAAAUCAUCCAUCUCACCAAACUCUUCAAAUUAGACGUCUUGUUGCACAGACCUCAAGGCGAGAAGGGAUCGGCCACUCUCCUUAACAUGCACUUCCGGUUCUCCACGCACAAUGUCUUCAAUUUCUUCCCGGAAGCAAAGAAGGCCAUCAUAUUGGAGGAUGACUUGCUGCUCUCGCCGGACUUCUUAUCGUUCUUCCAACAGACGGCGUGGCUGCUGGACGAAGACCCGACCAUCGGGUCCGUGAAUGCAUUCUCUAUCAACAGCUUUCCUGAAGUGGCAUCCGAUCCUACUGUCUUGAGGAGAGUCGAGCUUUUUCCGCAGUUCGGCUGGCUGGUCCGGCGUGAGUGGGCCGAGGAUAUUUACGAGGCGUGGAUACCAGAGAGGGCCGAGGAGAUUUACGAGGCGUGGAUACCAGAGAGGGAGACAGCCGACUGGGACUGGUGGCUCUUUAAGGAAGUCCCACGUAAACGACGGGACACUCUGGUUCCUGAAGUAAGCCGGGUCAUCCACGCAGGGUCUUCUGGGGCUCAUGUCACGGGCUAUGUGCAGGAGGACUUCUUUAAUCACAUGGUUUACAACGAGGAUCCAUAUGUGACGCUUAGGAACCUUGAAAACCUGACCAAAGAACGCUACGAAGACCUAUUCCGACGAGAGAUACUCCGUGCUGCCACCCUGAACUUAACCUCAUCGCCCUGUGACGGACCCAUUCUCCCCGAAGACCAGCCUGGACCAUUUAAGCUCUUCGUUGAGAUCAGGACGAGAGAUGAUGAGUAUGAGAGUUUCUACGUCAUGCAGGCGUGCUUACAUGCCUACCCCGAAGAAGCACGUGAGGUGUUCCGUGGGGUACUGCGGUAUAAUCUUCAGGGUCGCCUUCUGUAUGUGGUAGGCUGCCCUCUCUCUCCUUACUGCUCGAUGUACUCCGACGGUUACCGCUUCCUGAGGCCUUCCCCGUGGCUGGUGGACUCGGCGAGCCAGGCGUCGCGCGAGUGGCAGACGAGGAACUACCCGCCGUACUUCGUGGAGCGUCGUCGAGCCGUUUCGCCCGAGGAGGAGUUUCGGAUGGAGAACCUGCUCUACGUUUAUCACAAAGGGAAAGGCGUGUACAGGAAGUCUGCAUGAAACGAGAAGAGUGUUUUCGAUAGUUGUGACCACGCAGGAGCAGCUGCUAGAGCAUAUUUUUUUUUUGGCUGUUUAAUUAUUGUAAAUAUAUAUGUAUUCGCACACACAGACACAUACAUAAUUCAUUAUAUUCAUAUAUUCAUGUUUAUGUACACGUUCUAUAAAUUACAUUGACUCAUAUAUUGCAUACCAGUACAUACACAUAUUUACACAACACGCAUACUUUCACAAUCAAAGAGUGGCAUGGUCAUAUUUAACGAUAUAUGCACCACUGCAAGACAAUGUCAUCGACAAGAUUGCGUGGUAAGACGGAGGGAUAACCAUCGAUAGUAAGCGCCAAAACCAACUGUUCUUCGCCGAUGAUAAUAUGAUAGCAUCUUUGACACCGCAGGAACUGGAGAGUAUACACAGCACCAGCGCUUCAGUUGGUCUAAAUAUGCACCUGGGAAAGACAAAAGUUCAACGACCACGUCACAAAAUUUACAAUAACCGUCGAUAACAAGAUCAUCGAAGCGGUAGAUAACUACGUCUACCUAGUCAGAAAGAUAGCGCGGGAGGGGUACAUAUUCCCAGAUCUUAAGCGGCGCAUUGCACAGGGAUGGACAGCCUUCGGCAAGGUAGAUAACAUCAUGAAAAACAGAAAUAAAAGCACACGCAUCAAAAGAAAGGUGCACAACGAAUAAGUCCUGCAAGUGAUGACCUAAGCCAGCGAGACCUGGGUUCUGAACA